UUACUCACUGGAGCGUGCGUCCGUGCGCGCGCGCGAGCAGCCAACUAGUUGUUGGCUAGCACCUUAGCAGCUACAGUUAGCCUGCCUUUCCGAAACAUUUAAACACAUUCCCUGUCCUCGCUAAAGACCCGUUUGACGUUGACCAUGAAUGGGGACUCCCGUUCAGAGGCAUGUCCGUCCCACUAAAAUGUGAAAGAUGACCAGGGACCGUCGUGAAAUGAACAAUUAGCCCUUCGUCAGGAGGGAAAAUUCUGCCUAUAUCUUACAGCUUUUCUUUUUUUCCCCGGAGAUCGCUCGCUAGCAUCCCGGCGAAGGAAAGCUCUGAGAUUUUUGCGAGUGGAUGCGGAAGAAGGAUGUGAGCCAAGCUGGACGGCUAAAGCUAACUCUACGCUGUGCUGGGAUUCAAAUGUGAGAAGCGUUUCAACCACGAUCUUAAUUGUACCCUCUGUCAAGAGAACAUGAGUGUUUUUUCACACACUUGCUGGGUUUCCAAUGUGCUACAAAGUCACUCACCCGAAUACCCUUCAAGGAUUGGGCUCAAGUCGUGCGGCAUCAUCUGUGAGGGGAAGGAGCACACAGCGGUGCCAGAAUGUGCAAAGACUCCUGACCGUAACUGAAGUGUGUCCACAUCCAAGACUCCAAAGUGUUAUUCUCCAUGAGAAAGUCUCGCUUGGUUUGCCAUCCCCAAUGGAAGUGCCAGCAUAGACACAAGACACCGUGGCUCCAACUCCACAGUUUUCUCCGCGACCGUGUUGGGGCGGCUCUUUCAGCUGCGGGUUCCCCCUGAAGGCGGAGAGAUGGGCUCCCAGGCGCUUCAGAUAUUACGACAGGGCGUGUGGGCCUCGCUCACCGGUGGGUGGUAUGUGGACCCCCAUCAGAGCACCUUCUCCAACUGCUUUCAUCUCUACCUGUGGAUAUUUCUGCUGGCAUUACCAUUUUUGUUGUACAUGGCUUUCCCCGCCAGCUUGCUGAUAGCAGGCUUGUACUCGGCUGUGGUGGCCGUCUUUUUCACCACUAUCAAAGUGGUGAACUACCGGCUGCACGCCAUGUUUGACCUCGGGGAGAUUAUCGAGAAGAAACAGGCCUCGCUCACAGCUGAAGUUCCGAGGACAGAAGAAGGGGACGAAGGUUCGGGUGGCCAGGAUGGGUGUCAACCCAGGGAUAUUCAUGCUGGCGUAGAGAUGACUGUUUUUCGGAAGGUUAAUUCGACGCCUCCAGUGCGAUGCAGCUCUCAGCACUCGCUGUUUGGACUCAACCAGGUGUCGGAGUUCUUGCCCCAACUUGAGGAUUCGGGGGGAACAAAAGAUAUCAAAGAUGUAAUGCGGGAACAGGGAAGCAAUAAUGUGAUUGUUACUUCUGCUCAUCGUGAAAUGCUGCGGCAGAGUUCUCAGGACACCACCAGAGCUCCGAGUGUCGUCCAGUCUUGCAUUGCUGCCGCUCUGGGAGGCAAUUUCCCAGGUCUCGUCGGACUCUCCGGAGUGGCGUCUGGAUUUGGAGAACCGGGAGAAUAUCUUUCUGUACCCCCUUCACCUUCCAGUCAAGAAGAUGGAGGCGAGAAAGAGCCAUUGCAGCAAGUGGAGGUGCCUCAAAAGAUUCCGGAGGACAACGGGUUAGCUUAUUCUCCCCUUGGGCCGUCUGCUGAGUCUGGCAGUCUUGGGGAUACGCCCCUUAGUCCCCUCAUAAAGAGUAGCUUGAGUGAAGAGCUGAGUGAAAAUCUCUUAGGGCUGGGCCUCGACCCGGUGGUGUUUGUGCCCGGGACCGAGUACCCGGGCUGUCGUAGUGGGGUGGCAUUAGCUGCCGGAUCCACGGACAGCUGUUUUAGCGGCGGGGGUGCCGCCACCGACCGCGAGACGCUAAGCACCGUCAGCAGCUACCGCAGUGAAAAGACGGACUCCACCCAGCUUGAAAGUCCAUCGUUCAGCCAGCCGAAACUCACUGACGGACCGGCACCUACGACGGUGCCGAAGGCAGGCGCCGCCGUCCCUGCGGACACGGACAUCCCAGCGGAACAGGACGGCAGCGAUACGGACGACCUGUCGGACAGCGUGUUACUGCGCUCCCCCUCCAAAGAUAUCUCCCCCAGCCUGGCGCUCGACAGGACGCUUGUUGAAGGAGAUGAUUUACCGUCUGAUAUGAUUGCACAAGCCCCCGCUUUCCACAACUCUUCCCCCUCAACUAGCGGCCACUCAGACGUUUGUGAUUUGGACCGAGCCGCCCCAGUUCCCCCGCUACCUCCGCCUCGGCAGGCCACUUCAGUGCCCUCAGGGCUGGCCCUGGGUUCCGUGUGCUCCGAGCCCUCUUUGCCCGUAUCCUCCACCCCGUUCCUGCUGUCUGAUCACGAUGCCCAGCAGGUGGUGCGUCCCAAAGACUUGAAGCUGCUGCGGGCCAGCGGCAGUAGCGUGGGCCACAAGCCGGGCCGACGGAGAGCUCCGCGAAGGCGAGCCGGGGCGGUGAGCGGCAGUUUUGACUGCGGCUCUUACAGGCGACAUCACAAUCAUAGACAACACAGAGAUUACAUCCCGGUGCGCAACAAGCUCGGUGCCAAGGCCUACAGCGAAAGCCUUUUUGAAGAUUCGAGCGACGAGGACGACGGCAGCGACAUGAGUGCCGCAUCCAGUCUAGGCUCUCAGCGGCGCUACAGUUCAGACGAAGACGACUCCAGUUCCUCUACCUCCUGCUACUCCCCAGAUCUCGCGAAUGCCGGCGCCGCUUUACAGCUCCCGCCGGCCGCUCAGCCUCCUCCUCCACGGGAAGGGGAUUUGGCCGAACCUAGCGGCCCCUCACAUUCCCGUGCCGCUCAGCGCUCUUCGAGCACAGCCAGCGCCAAGACGCACGCCAGGGUGCUCAGCAUGGAUGGGGCGGGUUCAAGUCAGAGCGGCGCAGCAGCACCGCCUGCGGCUCUGCAUUCAAUGCCCUCCACUUCCACCCCUGCACCUCGCACCCUCACCAUCUCCAAGUCUGACUUGGAAGCUCGUACCAUCCACAUUGAUUGUUUCCCGGUAUCUCAUCCUCUUCGUCUGGAUUCUCUCGGAGGCUCCUGGGCUGGCAACCAAAUGGGCUGGCGAGCUGGCGACUUGACCGAAGAGGGAGCGGUAGGGGGAGCUCUGGCUCCAGAAGACGGUGGCAAGCAUGACUCAGUCAGCAGCGUGAAGAGGACCCAGGCCAUCCGCAGGAGACACAAUGCAGGGACCAACCCGACACCACCGCCCUCCACCAUGGGAUCCCCUCCUAGUCUUCAGGACCUCCAAAGGGCUCGGGCUUCCUCCCACUCGCGGACCCGCACCCUCCCCUCUGCCUUACAGUUUGCCUCGUCACUUCUACUCCCCCGCAGCGGCAUCCACGAGGCCUCCACCUUCGACGACACAUCAGAGGGGGCCGUGCACUACUUUUUUGAUGAGAGCGGAGUGAAGAGGUCCUACACAUUUGGGCCUGCUGGCGGAGGAUACGAGGACCCAGUUCAGGAAAGGGAGAGGCAGUCUCAAUCCUCAAGCUUCACCUCCACAGAGAUCCAGGAAGGAGCACCGGUCCUGUCCAUGCUGCAGCCUAGACCAGUGGUCCUACAGGGCAUGCAGGUGCGCAGGGUUCCGUUGGAAAUGCCUGAGUUCGACCUGGAUCACGAGUCUCUGCAGGAGUCGCAAGAGAACACGCUGAUGAUCGAGGAGAAGGCAAAACCAAAACAAUACUAUCGCUUUUGGGUCCUGCCUGGGAAAUGGCUCAGGGUCCGCUAUGAUCGAUUGGCACUUCUAGCCUUGUUGGACAGAAACCGUCGCGCGGGAGAAAACGUGUUUGCUGUGGUGCUGGCCAGCCUGGUGGCCUUCUUGGGGUUCCAACUUUUGCUGCAGGGCUUUUUUAGGGACAUCUGGGUCUUCCAGUUCUGCCUGGUCAUUGCAAGUUGCCAAUACUCCUUACUGAAGAGCGUACAACCGGACGCAGCCUCUCCCAUGCAUGGUCACAAUUGGAUCAUCGUGUACAGUCGGCCUGUUUACUUCUGCUUGUGCUGCGUGAUGAUCUGGAUCUUUGAUUUGUCUGGCCGCGCUGACAGCCUGCAACCGUUCACCCUCUACGGCGUCACCUUCUUUUCCGCACACUUCCUGCUUUGUGCCCGAGAUAUGCUGCUGGUGUUCGCAUUGUGUUUCCCGGUCAUCUUCCUGUUUGGCUUGCUACCUCAGGUCAAUACUUUUGUCAUGUGUCUGUUGGAGCAGAUCGACAUGCACGUUUUCGGUGGAACAGCCACCACCAGUCCCCUCUCGUCUCUGUUCAGCCUCAUACGCAGCGUGCUAGUGGCCGCUCUGUUGUAUGGAUUUUGCCUCGGCGCCAUAAAUGCGCCGUGGGGAGACGCCCACGUGCCGGUGUUGUUUUCUGUAUUUUGCGGCCUGCUGCUUGCCUUGUCCUACCACCUGAGUCGCCAAAGCAGUGACCCCACCAUCCUGUGGUCAUUGGUCCGAUCCAAAUUAUUCCCCGAGCUGGAAAAUCGCACACCAGAAGAACCCCCCGUGGAGAUCAAGGAUCCUCUUCCAGAGAAGCUCUGCAACUCCGUGAAAGAAAUUCUUCAUUCAGACCUUGUCAUGUGCCCCCUCAUGGCCGUGAUCACUUUCGCCAUCAGUGCCAGCACAGUUUUCAUCGCACUACAGCCUGCGCUCAGCUUUGUCUUGUAUAUCCUGGCGGGGGUCGUGGGCUUUAUUACUCACUAUCUCUUGCCUCAGCUCCGCAAACAGCUGCCAUGGUUCUGCCUAGCUCACCCCGUGCUCCGAUCCAAAGAGUACAGUCAGUUCGAAGUCCGAGAUGCUGCUCAGCUGAUGUGGUUCGAGAAGCUGUACGCGUGGCUUCAGUGUGUGGAGAAGUACUUCAUCUAUCCGGCGGUCGUGCUCAACUCGCUCACGACGGAAGCACGCGCCGUUGGCCAGAAUCAUAAAGAGCUGGACAUCUACAGCCGAGCACUCUUCAUUUCAGUCGCUGGCAUGAAGCUGCUGCGUUCGUCCUUCUGCGCCCCUUCGCAGCAGUACGUCACGCUCUGCUUCACCACGCUCUUCUUCCACUUCGACUACCCGCAUUUCUCGGAGACCUUCUUGAUCGACUACUACUUCAUGUCCAUUCUUUUCAGCAAGAUGUGGGACCUGUUGUAUAAAUUACGCUUCGUGUUGACUUACAUCGCUCCCUGGCAGAUCACGUGGGGCUCGGCGUUCCACGCCUUCGCCCAGCCCUUUGCCGUGCCACACUCUGCCGUGCUCUUUGUGCAAGCCAUCUUUUCAGCCAUCUUUUCUACCCCUCUCAACCCGGUCCUCGGCAGCGCCGUGUUUGUCACCUCAUACACCAGACCUGUUAAAUUCUGGGAGCGGGACUACAACACCAAGAGAGUUGACCACUCCAACACCAGACUUGCCACUCAACUGGACCGUAAUCCAGGUGCCGACGACAACAACCUCAACUCCAUUUUCUACGAGCACCUGACCCGUUCGCUGCAGCACAGCCUGUGUGGAGAUCUGCUUCUUGGCCGCUGGGGCAACUAUAACACCGGCGACUGCUUCAUUCUCGCCUCCGACUACCUCAACGCAUUGGUGCACGUCAUCGAGAUCGGCAACGGCCUGGUCACCUUUCAGCUGAGGGGGCUGGAAUUCAGAGGCACCUACUGUCAGCAGAGGGAAGUCGAGGCCAUCACAGAAGGCGUCGAGGAGGACGAGGGCUGCUGCUGCUGCGAGCCGGGUCACCUGCCUCACAUGCUGUCGUUCAACGCCGCCUUCGGGCAGCGCUGGCUCGCCUGGGAGGUGGCGGCCACCAAGUACGUGCUGGAGGGUUACAGCAUCAGCGACAACAACGCCGCCUCCAUGCUGCAAGUGUUUGACCUCCGAAAGAUUCUCAUCACCUACUAUGUCAAGAGCAUCAUUUACUACGUGAGCCGAUCACCCAAGUUGGAGGAAUGGUUGGCUAACGAGGUGAUCCAGGAGGCGUUGCGACCUUGUCUUGGAGCCAACUACGUCGACAGCGACCCCACUUUCAACCUGAACAUUGACGAGGAUUACGACCACAGGGCCUCCGGGAUCACACCCUCCUCAUUCUGCAUGAUUUAUGUGGACUGGAUUCAGUAUUGCAACAGCAGGCGUCAAACGCCUGUUGCAAGUGAUAGAGAUUCUCCUCUGGUCAGUCUGUGUUUUGGCUUGUGUAUCCUGGGAAGAAGAGCUCUGGGCACCGCCUCCCACAGCAUGUCUGCAAGCUUGGAGCCGUUCCUCUACGGCCUCCACGCCCUCUUCAAGGGAGACUUUCGCAUCACAUCUCCACGAGACGAGUGGGUCUUUGCAGAUAUGGACCUGUUGAAUCGAGUCGUGGCGCCCGGAGUGCGAAUGUCCCUCAAGUUGCAUCAGGAUCACUUUACAUCCCCGGAUGAGUACGAGGACCCCACGGUGCUGUACGACGCCAUCACCACCAACGAGGAGAAAAUGUUGAUAUCGCACGAGGGCGACCCCAUUUGGCGCAGCGCCAUCCUGGCCAACAUGCCGUCUCUUCUGGCGCUGCGUCACAUCAUGGACGACGGCAGCGAUGAGUACAAGAUCAUCAUGUUGAACAAGAGGUUCCUCAGCUUCCGCGUCAUCAAGGUGAACAGAGAGUGCGUGCGUGGGCUGUGGGCCGGCCAACAGCAGGAGCUGGUCUUCCUGCGCAACCGCAACCCCGAGCGCGGCAGCAUUCAGAACGCCAAGCAGGCCCUGAGGAAUAUGAUCAACUCAUCGUGCGACCAGCCCAUCGGCUACCCCAUCUACGUGUCGCCCCUCACCACAUCGUACGCGGGCGGGCACGCUCAGCUGCGCUCCGUGUGGGGGGGCCCUGUCAGCCCCCACAACAUCUACAACUGGCUCAUCAAUAGCUGGGACAGGAUGCAGAAAGGAUGCGGCGCCGGUUGCAACAGCGGCGGAAACAUCGAGGACUCGGACUGCGGCGGCGGUUCCGCCUCCAUCACCACCAACGUCGCCAUCCACACCACCCAGAGCACGCCGGCCUCUGGCCUUCCCCAGCCACACAUCACCGCGAUGCAGCCCUUGAUGGGUACUGACAAUCCAGUCGGCCCAAGCCAGAACUGGCCUCACCACCCCCAACCCCUCCCGCUGGCUCUGUUCAGCCAAUCAGAGGGCCGGAUGGAUGCGGGACUACCUUCAUCCCUCCAGCACACGUCCUCCAUCCAGGGCCUGCUGGGUCAGCAGCUGUCCAACUCGCAGCUCUCCUUCAGCGGCUCCGUGGCGCCGCCUCCUCUGCCGGUUCCCGAGCGCUUUUGCCCCGCCGGCUUCUUGGAGAACUCGGGUCACAGGGCGGUCCAGCGGGCUGGUCUCGCCCAGGGCAACAUGCUCCACUUUGAGAGCCAUUUCGGGAAGUGGAGUUUUUCCAGCAGGAAGGGCUUUAACGGUGUGUCGGCGACGCCGGAGGGCGAUGGAGGAAGCGUCCAUGCCAUCCACACGCAGCCGCAGCCCCCCGGACCCCCACAGGAGGCCAGUCCCACACAGGAUCCGCUGGGAGCGACGCGGGCAGUGGACUCCUGCCUGCUGCCGGCAGGGGGCGCCCCCGCACCGCCUGUCGAAUCCACAGAGUUGCCUUUACUCGAGCACUUGCGCUGAUCCCCCCCCACCCCCACCCCACCUCCACCGUCACCUGGACACCUCCACUCAUCAGGUCUUCAGUCCUCAUUCUAUCCGUUUUUAUUGCCUAUAGCUCCACAACACAGGGAUUUUAUCACGAAGAAAUCGACACUCCCUCCUUUACGGUCUCACAGCAUGUUGCACGUCGACCCACGACGUUACUCCCAAAAGUCAUCUUCAUGAGGAUCUUUUUGGGUCAGAGGCGCUUUGUGUUUACAUGCGUUUGUGUCUGUGUGUGUGCGCGUGUGUGUACGUGAGUGUAUGUCUGCUAACAGGCCAGGAAGGCCAGUGCAAUUAUAAGGGAUCUUUUGCUUUCCUUUGCUUGACGAUUGUUUAAUGUUUCUGAACUGGAGCUUUGACUGUGUGGACACCACAAGAAGCCUUGUUUCGUUUUCUCUCCCGACUCUGUUCUUCUCCCACCUGCGCUCAGUCCGGAAGAAUACAACAAACUCGCAAGCCAACUGAAAAUCAAAAGCAAGGCGCCCCUGCCCCUCCCCCCUGGCCGUGGUGCUCGGACCGCUUGUUUACAGCCUCCAAGUCCAAUAUAAGAAAUUGUGUUGAUCACAAGCCCUCCCCACCCCCCAAUUUGGAGGAUUUUUUUCUUCUUUUUCUUCUUCUUUACUUGAAGAUUUUGACCAGGAGCAUGGUCUGGGCGCUGUGCCAGUCAAUUGGAGACACCCGCCCGCAUCGCAUCCAAAACAAGGAGGAUGGCGGGGGAAAGGGCGUCUGCUUCCUUGUCAGUCCGACUCAACUACUGCUUCUGCAUCUCACGCUAACUACUAACUAGUAAACAAAGUCACUACUGCAAUCCAGCGUUUUAGUUGGAAGUCAAGGAUAAAAACUGAAAACAAAGGACGAAUAUUUAUUGGAGGAAUACGGUCUUACAUAUUGGGAUUUGUUUGUAUCAUGUGCUGAUGUUAAAUUGGCAACUUGCUUUUUUUUUUGUCAACAUCUUCUCCUCAAACCAGGAUCACAAUUGUCAUCUCAAAAGGGGCUCCUGCGCGAGCGUAACUGGAAGUACGCGGAGAAGUCACUUUAAGUUGGCUUCCUUCCCCCUCUUGCACUUUGCUUUCACCACAGUGAGCAGAUAAUGCAGUGGAAUCCAAAAAUAAGACCCUUCGAAAUGAUCAAAAUGCGAAAAAAAUUUGUAACGUCUGCAAGUAAGUUGAAUGUUGGCUAAAAAUCAAAUUCCAACUAGCUGGAAUGUUGGUGGACCUUCAUGAUUCUGCUUAAAAUCCACAUAGCCCUCAAACGUUUCUCUUUGCGAAACGGCAGCAGCCAGUAGAACCUUUUAUUUGCUUUCUUGGUUAUUUUUCUUUUUCUUUCUUUGCUCAAGAGAAAGCAAAGCACAAAACGGCGGUCAAAGCUGGGUGUCAGUUAAAAGUGAAAUUUAAAAAAAGGGAUUUCUUAAUCUCUGCAACUAUGUACAGCAUGUUUCAUAUAUAAAUAUAUAUUUAAAUAUAAAAGCCUAUUUUAUUAUGAUUGGAAACUUUGGGUUAUAUAAGACACUAAGUCCGUUUAAGAUGAUGGGCGGGGGGGAGCCUCACAUUUGAAAUGUGCAAUUUUGGAAGACUUGGUUCUCUUUUUCCUUUUUUUUCUCACCCAUCUCACCCUUUUGUUUGGGUUUUUUUUCCCCAAACGGGAGUCUUUAUUUAAGUCAAUGUUAAAUGUUCUGUACAGUUUUUUAACUUGAUUUUUUUCCCCCUUCUAUUUAAAUUAAAGGUUUUGUGUCUGUUGGC